GUCAGACACAUGGUGCUUGGAGAGCAUAAGGAUCCUGAUUCCUGACACUCACAGUCAAAGACAGCCUCCUUCAAGAAAGCUUUGCUUCCACCUGCCUGUCUCACUCCAUGCCACAUCUCUCCACUGCAUGAAGCAUCACCACAAUCCAGAUUGCAAUCUAGAAGAGAAUAACAAGCUAAACCCCAUGGUGCACACAUAUGAUGGAUGGACCCACCAUUCAGCAGUAAAGCCCUAGAAUUCAAAGAGUUAUCUGAAAGUCUGUGCAGUGCAUGCACAGCAUGUGCCGGUUUAUUUAACGACUGGAAUUGCACAUCAUAGCAUAGAUGUCUGAAAUUAAAUUGCAAAUCCUAUAAACUGCUUUGCAUUGGAGAACAGACAGCUGCCUUAUGAUUGUCCUGGACUGUUCUGCAAGAGGACAGGGAAGCUAUGGAUUUGAGAGAUGGUAUCUGUUGGUUAUUGCUUGCACUAGUUCUGUAUAAGGACACACCUGCAUAUGCUACUUUAAGGAGAACCAUAGGUGCUGGAAGCCAAGGCUCUCUAUCUCCAGAAUUGCACUUUGAUAUACUGGACUUUACUGAUAACAGUGAUUAUAAUAUUGUUGUGGCUUAUGAAGUCGAUAGAAAUGGCAAGUAUGUCACUCAUGAAAUUAGCCAUAACCAGAGAAGGAAAAGAUCCUUAGGGAAGACUGAAACCGACCCACUGCACCUCAGGCUUCAUGGAUUUGGGCAGGAUAUGAUUUUGUCAUUAAAAGUUUCCGAGAACCUUUUGACACCUGGAUUUGCGAUACAAACGUUUGGAAAUGGAAGGACUAAAUCUACUGAGUCUUACUCUCCUCAAGACUUUUGCUUCUACCAAGGGUCACUGCUGUCCCAUGAGAACUCAUCUGUAGCCCUCUCGACAUGCAAUGGCUUGUCAGGUUUAAUAAGGACACCGGAAGCUGAUUAUUUUUUGAAACCACUGCCUACGCACAUAACUCUAAAACACAAUUACUCUUCUUCAAACGGUCACCAGCCCCAUGUUUUAUACAAGCGAUCGGUUGAGAAUCAUUUGUACAGGGACAAAGAAACAAUGCUAGUUGAGAGGCAGCAGGAACUUGAAAACCACAACUAUCUUCACCAAGAGAAUUCAUCUCAUCAGCACAACCACCAAAAGGACCAAAGACACGGGCAACAUGACAAACAGCACUACUGUGGAAGACGCAAGAAAUAUAUGCCUAAACCACCCAAGGAUGAUAUUUUUAUUUUGCCUGAUGAAUAUAAAUACCAAGCUCGAGGCAAGCGAUCGCUUCCUAAAUAUCAGAGGAAUAAGCCCCUAAAUGUGGAAACUCUUGUUGUUGUUGAUAACAAAAUGAUGCAGAACCAUGGGCAUGAAAAUAUUACUACUUAUGUUCUGACAAUACUCAAUAUGGUAUCAACAUUGUUUAAAGAUGGAACUAUAGGAGGAAAUAUUAACAUAGCUAUUGUUGGUCUCAUUCUUCUAGAAGAUGAACAGCCCGGUCUUGUUAUCAAUCAUCAUGCUGACCACACGUUGAGCAGCUUCUGCCAGUGGCAGUCUGGACUGGUGGGAAAAGAUGGAAGCAGGCAUGAUCAUGCUAUUCUGCUCACUGGUUUAGACAUAUGUUCUUGGAAGAAUGAGCCAUGUGACACUUUAGGAUUUGCUCCAAUAAGUGGUAUGUGCAGUAAAUACCGCAGCUGCACUGUUAAUGAGGACACUGGGUUGGGCCUAGCUUUCACCAUUGCCCAUGAGUCUGGUCACAAUUUUGGUAUGGUCCACGAUGGGGAAGGUAACAUGUGCAAGAAGUCAGAAGGUAACAUAAUGUCUCCAACACUGGCCGGGCACAAUGGUGUCUUCUCCUGGUCCGCCUGUAGCCGGCAAUACUUGUACAAAUUUUUAAGCACUGCCCAAGCUGUAUGUCUUGCUGAUGACCCCAAACCUGGGAAAGAAUAUAAGUAUCCCGAAAAACUGCCAGGGGAGCUGUACGACGCUAACACACAGUGCAAGUGGCAGUUUGGAGAAAAGGCCAAGCUCUGCAUGUUGGACUUUAAAAAGGAUAUAUGUAAGGCACUUUGGUGUCACAGAGUCGGGAGAAAAUGUGAAACAAAAUUUAUGCCAGCAGCUGAGGGCACAACAUGCGGGCAUGACAUGUGGUGUCGAAGAGGACAAUGUGUUAAACAUGGAGAUGAAGGACCCAAACCCACAGAUGGUCAGUGGUCAGAUUGGUCAGCGUGGUCUUCCUGUUCAAGGACAUGUGGCGGAGGAGUCUCUUACAAAGAGCGUCAGUGUAAUAACCCACGCCCCUUGCAUGGUGGAAAAUACUGUGAAGGUUCUUCAAGGAUCUUUAAAAUUUGCAAUAGCCAGAGCUGUCCUAAGAACAGCAUUGACUACAGAGCUCAGCAAUGUGCAGAGUAUAACAGCAAACCAUUUAGAGGCUGGUACUAUAACUGGAAGCCCUACACUCGCGUGGAAGAACAGGACUAUUGUAAAUUAUACUGUAUCGCAGAAGGAUUUGACUUUUUCUUUUCCUUGUCAAACAAAGUAAAAGAUGGCACUCAGUGUUCUGAGCACAGUAACAACGUGUGUAUUGAUGGAAACUGUGAGACAGUUGGAUGUGACCAGAUCCUUGGGUCCAAUGCUGUCCUGGAUACAUGUGGUGUGUGUAAGGGGGAUAAUUCCACCUGCAAGAUUUACAGGAACCAGUACACAAAACAACACUACUCCAACCAAUAUUAUUCAGUCGUCACAAUCCCAGCUGGAGCUCGCAGCAUUCGUGUUUCUGAAAUGAACAUUUCUACCUCUUAUAUUGCUCUACGUAACACCCACAAAAAAUACUACCUCAAUGGUUACUGGACCGUGGACUGGCCUGGCCAGUACAAGUUUGCAGGAACGGUGUUUGAUUACAAAAGACCAUAUAAUAAUCCUGAAAGUUUAAUUUCUCCUGGACCCACCAAUGAAACAAUAGUAGUUGAGAUACUGCUACAAGGUAAAAACCCUGGAAUCACAUGGGAAUUCUCGCUGGCCAAAUCUGACAGUGAGAAGAAAAUAGCCCCAAAACACAACUACACCUGGGCUAUCAUUAGGUCUGAGUGUUCGGCUUCUUGUGGAGGAGGUUACAUGAAUACAAAGGAAGGGUGUUACAAAGACAUGCGUGUCCAAGUAAAUACUUCCUUUUGUAAUGCCAAGAAUCGCCCAAUUACAGGACCUGUUCCUUGUAAUUUGCAAGCUUGUCCUCCAAGCUGGUCAGUAGGAAAUUGGACUGAGUGCAGUCAAACUUGUGGGAUUGGAGAGCAAUAUCGUCAGAUCCACUGCACCCAAAAAGCAAAUUACAAGAUGGGAACGGUGGCAAACAAAUUAUGUCCCUUGCCGGCUCCUGCCCACCGACAGGCGUGCAACACUCAGAGUUGUCCACCAGCAUGGAGUGUUGGGCCUUGGUCGGAGUGUUCUCGAACUUGUGGCAGAGGAUGGAAAAAAAGGUCUGUGGUUUGCAAGAGUACCAAUCCUUCUCCUCGUGCUCACAUUCUUAAUGAUGCAGCCUGCACAUCAGAGUUCAAGCCAAAAACACAAGAAACCUGUGUGGUUAAACGCUGCAACAAACCUAAGAAGCUUCAGUGGGUUGUGUCGGAUUGGUCAGAGUGCUCUGCAACCUGUGGACCAGGAGUUCAGAAAAGGACACUGACAUGUACAGAAAAGUAUGCUUCUGGAAAGAACAGAGAUCUUGCCCCCAAAAAAUGCUCACAUCUGGAGAAGCCAAACCUAGAUCUUGAAAAACAAUGUCAAAAGGCGGAAUGCCCAAGAUACAAUUAUUACCCCGUGAUUAAACAGCUUAGAGGUUCCUGGUACACGUCUCCUUGGUCUCAGUGUUCAGUUACCUGUGGAGGAGGAGUUCAGGUCCGUACAGUACAAUGUCUUAUUAAUGGAAGACCUGCUUCAGGAUGUCUUCCUGUUCAAAAACCAGCAGUGUCACAGGCCUGCAAUACCGACUUUUGUCCUCCAGAGAAGAAAGACACUGUUUGCAAGGAUUACUUCAACUGGUGUUACUUGGUACCUCAGCAUGGAGUGUGUGGUCACAAGUUUUAUGGCAAGCAGUGCUGCAGAUCUUGCUCAAAGUCAAACGUGUAAAUAGUUGUCAAUUUAGGAGAAAAAAAAGGGAAAAAUACAAAACAUUAUGACUAUUAAAAGGUGCUUUUUCAGUAUUGUGCUUGAGAAAUUCUCAAAGGCUCAAACAUUUUAUUAUUUGAACAGUAUUAGCAUUGAGGCGCAUCAUCCAUGAACUGCCCUUGAUAUCCUAAUUUAUGCUGUCAGAGGACACAUGCAUUUUAUUUUGUUAUGUGGAAAAACAUACUGCAUCUUUCUUGCUGGAUCACACAAAAAAAAGAAGAAAUCGGCGCAUGGAAGAAUUGCAGAACAAGCUUUGUGGCUCGUUUUACCUCACUCCUUCUGUUACAAGGACUCCACUUAAGAGAAACCAGUGAGUUUCCCUUUCCAGCAUGCCAAUAAAAGAACACUUCCGACAGCUGGUUCCAGGCAGCCGUAAGCAUGUUUCAGCACUGGUGAUUUUAUUGCCUGCUGUUAAACACUUGGAACACCCCGGUCCAUUGUAAAACUUAAUUCUGUGUUAUAACAGCAUACUCAAGGUCAUUAUCUCACUGAAAAAAUGGACUCUAAAACUGGUUUUAUUUAGUCCAUUGGAUGAGUUAAGGAGAGAACAAGAUAUUCCUAAUUGUGUUAGCAUUUCCUCUCCAUACUCUACAUUUGGUCUCAUGGUUAACGUUUGCUCAAUGUCAUAGACCUGCCCAGUGAGAAAACACAGUUUGGGUGCAGAUAAAAAUGGGGAUAUUCUAUUUUACUUUAAGGUGCUUCCAUUUAAAAAUGUCUUCAGCUUUCACUUAAAUAAUAGCAUUUUUACAUUUUUCCUUUAUAACAGCAAUUUUAACAAGUUGUCAUUAAGGUACUACAACUUUACAAUAUAUAACAGCUUCAUAGUAAUGUCUUAUAUGCCAAACAGUAAAAAAUUUCAUGUGAAUUUAUUAUGUUCUGUAGUUUAAACUCUGUGUAUUGUGGUGCUGGAAACAAACUGGAGCUCAUUUUUGGUGCUGCAAUAGAUUCAUUAAACCCUACCUACGUUGAAGGGGAUUGCACAUUAUUCCUACUGAUUGGUGAUCCCCUACAAAGGGUAAUCUUGUAAAGUUUUUUGCUAUAUAUUUAUGAACUCUUUUUUUAAUAAAC